AUCUCCGUCGAGCUUCAGAGCAUUGGAUACUCGCGCUCUCAGACAACGCUCCGGAGAGCUUCCGGCAUUAUGCACAGAUGGGCGGCCCUGGACCUCUCGCGCUGUCACCGGAUUGACCGAUGCGCUGCGACGUGUAGAUGCUUAUCUCCGGCUGCAUCAACAUGGCGCUCACGACGAGGUUUUCGCUCCUCAAUAAUCAGGAACGAGGCAUCUGAUCCAGCCCCCGUCGUGAAGGAAGAAGAAGAAACUCCACGCGAAUCGUUCCCUCGGGCAAAAUGGGGUGGUGGAUGGGCCAGCAGACAAGCAAAUAAACCUGCUGGUCUGGCUUUAGGCGAACAGGCACAGCGAGAUGCUCUGCUAUCGCAGAGUAGAAAGGAGGAGCCACAGGAGACACGAAAGAACACUCAUGAAGAGACACAAGGAGCUAAGCGCACUACGGACAGCGAGAAGUCGGAUCAAAAAGAGAAACUUUUACCGUUCAUCUCGAAACACAGAAUGCACCACGAUCAACGGCCACAGCAAAAUAGGACUUCUACACCAACCAGAAACGAGCGAGAUAACGGAAAUUCCACGCGAAAAUUGUGGAAUGGCGAUUGGGAGUGCCCGGAGUGCAGGUAUCAUUGUUUUCGCAAAUAUACCACAUGCCCGGCGUGCAGCGCUCCUCGACCCGUGCAACAGACGAAGUCCAAGAAGCAGGAUAAUACUGAGCAGUCGUUGAAAAUUAGGAAACUAGGCCAGUCCGUGUUGGCAGAUUGGGAUCAGUUGACAUUGAGAGAGAAGGCAUUUAGAGAUCAUGCCGUGAAGAAUGGCAAUUUCUCCGCUGUUCGCCCUGUACCGGUCUCUCUCCCUAGGAAGGAUACAACAAGGACGUGGGAUUCGACAGAGCCAGAAGCUAAGGCCAAGACCAAGGUCGAUGAUUCGGUUGACCAGACAUGGCAGGAGAAGUCCGAUGUAACGGAGUCAGAUAAACAAUCUACGAAAUCUAAACGAAUACCGCUCUCGAUCCCGGACGAUAUUGAGGAAGAUGUGCAGUCACGAAAAGAGUCCAAGCGACGAUCCAGACGUAACCAGCGUCAGUCAGAGCUUGAGGAGGAUGAGUUCGACGAGGACAACAUUCGUCGCCGCCGCCGUGAGGACCGGAAACGAAUGAAGAAAGAGAAGGCGCGUCGAAAACAAACAGAUGCAGCACCAAGUCCACUCUAUCUUCCUGAGUUCAUCAGCGUCAGCAACCUGGCUGAUGUGAUCGGUGUUAGACCAGCCACUUUCGUCCAAAGGAUGGAAGAGAUGGGAUUCGAAGGCGUUACUUAUAGUCAUAUUCUGGACGCUGAGACCGCUGGUUUAGUGGCAACUGAGUUCAACUUCGAACCGAUCUUUGAGAAAUCCGAAGAUGAUCUUACUGCUGCACCUGAACCAGAAGAUAAGAGUGUCCUACCUCCCCGACCACCGGUCGUCACUAUUAUGGGACAUGUCGAUCACGGCAAAACCACGAUUCUUGACUGGCUCCGGAAAUCUUCGGUCGCUGCCUCGGAGCAUGGAGGGAUCACUCAGCAUAUUGGUGCUUUCUCCGUGUCCAUGCCUUCGGGCAAAGUUAUCACUUUCCUGGAUACCCCCGGCCACGCGGCCUUUCUGGAUAUGCGGCGCCGUGGAGCCGAUGUGACAGACAUCGUCGUGCUUGUUGUUGCUGCAGACGACAGCGUCAAGCCUCAGACCAUCGAGGCUAUUAAGCACGCUAAAGAUGCCAAGGUCCCAAUGAUCGUUGCCAUUAACAAGAUCGACAAGGACAAUGUGAAUCCGGAAUUGGUUAAACAGGACCUUGCACGUCACAGUGUCGACGUUGAAGACUACGGUGGCGAUGUCCAGGCCAUCCCUGUCAGCGGUAAAACUGGACAGGGAAUGCUUGACCUGGAAGAAGCCAUAGUGACCCUGUCAGAGAUGCUUGAUCACAGAGCUGACGUUGACGGAAACGUGGAAGGCUGGGUUAUCGAGGCUACAACCAAAAGCUCCGGACGUGUUGCAACUGUCCUUGUUAGGCGUGGUACUCUGCGCCCUGGGGAUAUUUUGGUUGCGGGCACGACAUGGACUCGCGUCCGCACUUUGAAGAAUGAGGCUGGCGUCGAGAUUAAGGAGGCUACGCCCGGAAUGCCAGUUGAGAUUGACGGCUGGAAGGAACAGCCAGCCGCAGGUAGCGAGGUUCUUGGGGCCCCCAACGAGCAGAAGGCUAAGGACGUUAUCGAGUACCGGCUGGAGAAGUCUGAGACCCAGAAACUCGGCCAGGACAUGGCUGCUAUCAACGAGUCCCGUCGUGAGAUGCUGGAAAAGCGCCGCCGGGAAGCCGCCGAGGAGGAGGGCGAGUCGCCUUCAGCAGCGGAUGAAUCCUCUGGGCCAAAACCGAUCCACUUCAUUGUUAAAGCAGAUGUGUCCGGCUCCGUCGAAGCUGUCAUGAAUUCUGUUGCUGCAAUUGGAAACAAUGAGGUUUACGCCCACGUGCUUCGUUCCGGAGUCGGUACAAUAACCGAAUUCGAUAUUCAGCACGCGCAGACCGCAAAUGGUCAUAUUGUCUCUUUCAACGUCCCCGUUGAUCCCUCCAUAUCUCGCAUGGCUGAGAGUAACGGAGUGAAAAUCCUGGACCACAACAUUAUUUACGAGUUGAUUGAUGCCGUCAAGGCGGAACUCAGCGAGCACCUGCCCCCAACUGUUUCCCGUCGCGUGACCGGCGAAGCAGAAAUUUCCCAGAUCUUUGAUAUCACCAUUAAGGGACGUGAGACAAGUGCCAUCGCGGGAUGUAAGGUUCGUAAUGGCACUAUCAACAGGAACAAGAAAGUCAGGGUGUUGAGAGGCCAGGACAUCAUUUACGAUGGCUCUCUUGCCUCUCUCAAGAACGUGAAGAAGGACGUUGUAGAGAUGCGGAAAGAUACCGAGUGCGGAAUGGGCUUCGAGGGCUGGGCCGACUUUGCUGUCGGUGACCAUGUCCAGUGUUACGAUGAGAUCUACGAGAAGAGAUACCUAUGAGUAUUUUUCUAGUGGUUUCUCGCUGUACUCGGCAUAUCUACAUUCUAUCUGUUUUCGACCUGCGCCACUUACGUCUUGCAUAGCCGGUUGGAUGGGCUAAAACAUGGGGCAAAAAAUCUUCUACCGAUGUGCUAUUACUAGAUUACUCUGCUCCUGGCGAGAGCUUUAUACAUGUACAAUACACUUUUUUAAGGAUCGACGACCCUAUAUAGAUGACUAUGAAACCAAUU